AUGCUUCUGGAAGGUCAUCCUUCUCACAUGGUGCGGCUUGGAGUAAGGAGGUUGUUUCAGAAUCUUCCCUCAGCAAAUGACGUCUUAUCUUCUGACAUCCAAACACUGCAACAAAUCGUAUGCAGUGCAGGCUUUCAUGAGAACUGGGCUAAGCACUUACUUAUUUUCACCCGAGAAUUCUCAUCAGGAAACUGGGCUCAGAUAACUGACCUCCCAGGAGUUGGCAGGUAUGUUGCAGAUGCAUAUACGAUCUUUGUUGAGGGCCGACUCCAUCUCAUGUUUCAGGGCGUGCAUGCGUGCUUCAUAGAGGGCGGAGUGCACAAAGCGCGGAUCCAGCAGGUGACAGUGGUGGAGUUCGCAUGGAUAGAGAGCUGUCUCAAGCACGGGUCGCGCCUUCCCGAAGCCAAGUUCUUGCUCCGCGCCUCACACAACGCCUCACCUGGCCGACAGUCACAGCAGGGCGGAGAAGCAUGCGUUGGGGGAGUUAGCUCCUUUGAGUCUGAUUUUCCUGCCAGCCGGGAUAGCCGGGGGUUUCCUGAUCGAAUAAGGAGUGGCCACGUGGAUGCUGAAGAAAGCGCGGAGAGAGAUGAGGGAGGUUGGGGGAGUGGUGGGGGGCAGAAGGAAUGGAAGGACGAGGAAAGGAUUGGGGGAGGGUCGGGGUUGACCUUGGCCCAGCAGUUGCCGGAGGGGAGGAUAGGAGGGAAGGAGGACGAGGGGAGUGAUGAGGAGGACGGAAAUGGGGCGGCGGGUCGUGCUGCCGUCAAAGGUGGGCGGCAGGGUUUGGAGCUUUCUGAGGAGGAGAAGGCGUUUUGGAUGGAGGUGAUAGUUGAGAGUGCAGCCUGGGCGGCACUUGUGGGGGAGGAGGAAGGGGACGGGCGCGAGGGGGGGAGUGGGGGAGGCUAUGGGGGGAAGAGGGGAUGGGGGGGAGGAGGCAGAGGGGGUGGGAGAUGGGGAGGGGGAGGGGGGAAGCGGAGGUACGUGAGUGGUACAGACAGGUUUGGGGCGGAAUGGAAACGGUGGAAGGCGGGGGAAAAAGGGGAGAAGGGGGGAAAGAGAGGCAAGGGGGGAGGCGGAGAUGAGGAGAUUGAUGGGGUGGGGGGCAUGGGUCUGUCUGGGCGGGUGAUUCAGCUGGUGCGGGAGGGGGGGGAGGUGCUGGGUCACACCCAGGGGCUGUGCGUGGCGGGGGGGGAGAGAGAGGAUGAGAAAGAGGGUCGGAGGGAGGAGGUGGCGCAGGGGAGGAGGGAGGGUGCGAGGGAGGGUGAGGAGGUGCUGGGUCACACCCAGGGGCUUUGCGUGGCGGGGGGGGAGAGAGAGGAUGAGAAAGAGGACAGGAGAGAGAAUGAGGCGGAGAAGGGGCGUGGGGAAGCAGUGCAGAGGGGGAGGGAGGGUCUGACGGAAGGGGAGUCAGGUGAAAACGCAGAGGAUGACAGGAUAGGCAGGGAGGAACGAGAGGAGGGGAGCAGCAGGGAGGGGAGAGAGAGGGGAAGCAGAGAGCGGAGGGAGAGGGAAAGCAGGGUGGGGAGGGAGUGGGGAAGCAGAGAGGGGGAGACACAGCAGUCUGACAGCUAUGAGGGCACAUGUAAGGACUUGCAGGGAUUCCCGUGCAGCUAUGAGAGUGCGGGCUCGCAGGGGCAACGAGAUGGGUCGCAGUCUGAGCUGAUUGAGCCGUGUGGGGACUCACAAGCGCAUCAGAACUCACAGCAGGUCUCACAAAAUGACUCACAAAGAGACUCACAGCAAGCCUCACAAACGUGUCAGUACUCACAGCUUGAUUCACAACAGGUCUCGCAUCAGGCCUCAUGCCAUGCCUCGCAUCAAGAAUCGCAAGUCUCAGGGGUCGCUUCAGUUCCUGGGGUUGCCUCAGUCCCAAAGAAUCAAAGGGCAUUGGGAUGGGAGCGAUUGCGAGGGCGCGGGUGUUUCUGCCGAGGCCUGUACCUGCCGCCUGACCUGAAUAAGGAGAUUUGCCGGCAGAUGAACGAGCUCAAGAACAUCUACAAGGACGGUACGGAGCGGUGCAAAGGGGUGUGGUGUGCGGUGGAAUGGAUGAAUGAGCUGAACAACAUCUACAAGGAUGGUUCGGUGUGGUGCAGCGCGGUGAAAAGGGGUGUGUUGCGUGGUGGGAUUGGCAUGGCGGGGUGUGCUUCCGCUGGGGGAU